AUGGCGAUCCUCUGUCCAGGGCGUGUUGCUCCAUCGGUUCACCAUAAUUUUCUGCCCAGAUGGUUGCUGCUGAACAAUAGCUCCAGAAUGUAUGGCCAUGUCUUUCCAGACAGAAUGAAACCAAAAAGACAAAACAGACAUCAGAGGAUGGCUUGCUUCUCCAAGGGGUCUUCGUUUCAAGAUCUGGUGCCCUCUGUAAAGCCUUCACGCCUUCUUCCAGCAGAGGAACUAAAGACAUAUCCCAAUACUGUUCCUGAGGAGAUAUUUAACACAACCAUAUUAGAUGACUCUGAUGCGUUCUAUGUGCUAGAGCUUAGCACAAGUACAGAAUUUAAUUCCUCUUUGGAUAAAAAUUCUGCAAUCUUAAUCUGCUUAAUUGAUGUUGAUGGUGACUCCUUGCUACAAAGAGUACCGGCAAUCUAUUUGGGUCAACCUACACCUGGAAUUAAGAUAGCGCAACUGAUACCCUUCCAAAGUGGUUCAGUUGAUGUUGUCACUUUCAAGGGGUCAAAACUGAAAAGGAUUAAAGAAGUCUGGAUCGGUCUUGAAUCAGGUUCAUGGAGAUUAGAUGGUUUGAGCUUGAAAGUAAUACAUGGACCGGUUGAUCCACCUAAAGAAAUUAAUGGAACACCUGAACAGAAGUUCAACGGUUUGCAGUACAUUUUUGAGAAAAUAAAUGCAUUUCUUGGAGAUGAUGGAGCUUCAGUAGCUGAAGCAAGGCCUGUGGCUGUCACUGACCUCUCAGGAGUUGGCCUUUCCGAUCUUCAAGAAGGGCUGUUAUCCUCAGAAAGCAAAGCUUCAAGCGUUAAGGAACUAAGAGAGGAUGGGUUGAGAGAGUACGCUGACCUCAAACAAUCUCUGCUGCUCUAUGACGCAUCUAUAGUGAUAACAGGCUUCUCCGCCUUCAUCUUGGCUUCAAAUGACAGCGCUGCCUAUUCGUUCCUGAUAGGUGGCAUUGUUGGGUUCCUCUAUCUGUUGCUCCUCCAAAGAUCGGUUGAUGGUUUGCCCGUGAUUGGUUCACCUUCAGAAGCUGGCAGUGCGCAGCCCUCAGUAAAAGGUUUCAGUGGUGUAAGGAGGCCAUGGUUGAUACUAUCACUGGUACUGGUUGCAGGUGCAGUUGCACUAAAGUAUGGUGCUGGAGGUGACAGCUUUGAACUCACACCGACCGAGCUCUUUGUUGGCACUGCAGGGUUCCUAGCAAACAAGGUUGCUGUUCUUUUUGCAGCAUUCAUGCCUUUGCUAAGUGACUCGAAGAGUGAAGAUGGAUCUGGGGAUAGCAAUUAA